UGUGUUUUGAUUGGUUCUUGCGGAAAAGAAGUCAAAUUUCACGGUCAAAGGACCAGGAAGUACAAAGAGGUGGUUGAUUUACAGAUCUGGUGAAGGAGAUAAAGAUGGCUCCAGCAAAGGACGUGGGACCAGCAGAAAUAUGUGAGGAGUUGGACCAAGUUAUCCUCCAGCUUUUUGAUGCUCUUGAGAUGCUCCAGAACAAGAGGGAAGCCUUUAACAGCUUGGUAGAACAGGGUUGGUUCUGUCUCUCCAAAUCUCGCUAUGCUAUGGGCAACAAGUCUGUGUCUACCCUGCAGUACGGGCAUCAGAUGACUCCUCUGGUUCGAGUGAGAACUUGUGAGAAAGAGAAGGAUCAAGUGGAGUUUGAUGUGAUCCAAGAAGAUGCUCUCAAAGCAAAGAGUGAAACCGAAAUAACCGUGGAAGAUAUUGGCCCAAGUGAUCGAGUUCUACGACAGCGGAAGGGCCCGAAGAAAGCAGAGAGCUCAGACAAACCCCAAGAGGCCACCUCCCAUCCAGCAGAAGGAUCAGGGAACCAAGACCCCUUGAACUGGUUUGGGAUUCUUGUGCCCCAAAGUCUCCGUCAAGCCCAGCGAACUUUCCAAGAAGGGAUCCACUUGGCUGCAGAAAUUGCCUCCUUGCAGAGUGAAAUAGAGGCCUGUCGGAGACGGUACUGUGCAUUGCUAGAAAGAAAACGUGACCUUGUACCGAGAGAGAGCAGAAGCUAUGAGCAGCUAAAACCAUCUCUCAGCUGAGAUCAUAAAAAUACGCAUUUGGGAAUUUGUUGAGAGUUUUCCCUACAAAGUUCCCAUUUGCUCUGUAUGUCUUGUAUUUUUAUUUAUAUAUAAAGUUAUGCUGAAUAAUAAAGGGCCUUCAUAGAUGA